AUGGGUCAACCAAACUCAAACAACAACUCGCAUUCGCCACCAAUGCAACCACAGCAGCAGCAGGCUUCGUCGUCAAGAGUUCUUCGCUCGACUGCAGAACGUCGACGCAGAAACAACCUCUUCUCAAACUUUUACCCGCUCCUCUCAAGAAACUCGUCCCCCUCCCCCUCCAACAACAACAACAACAACGACAGUGCCAACACUAGCCCCGAGCCUAACAACAGUGAAAGCAGUGGUAGUGACGGCAGGGGCACAACUGGGUCGCCUGGCCCUUCCAGCUCUGCGUUUGGUCUCAGCACAGCAUCCCGCAGCGCAGCCUCUUGGCCAGAGAGACCUCCCUCUCGGUCUGGCACAACAAGUCCUAGUAUGACUACUCGGUCUUCGAAUCGAUCACCUACUGCUCUUCAGGCUCCUCCGUAUUCCAGUCCUGGUGCCUCCUCUUCUGGUCGAACCCCUCGAGGCCUCUCUCGAGUCCAGCGCAUGCAUGAUGAGCAGUCAAUCCGGAGUACCCGGAGCUCGAGCAGAGCGUCCAGUCUUGCUGCUGUCAGUCCACCUGUCCACCCGCCUCCUUCGAGCACGGCAAACCAACCUAUUGAGUACAUGGACAUUGACACCGAAUCCGUUGGCGUCACUGCACAGCAUUAUCAGCCACCACCUCAAACUCCAGUCAUACGACCCUCUAGCUUUUCCCAAUCCGUCCUGUCUUCCCAGUCUGGAUUAGUCACAGCAGCAGCACAACCAACUACGACUACUCCUACGACAUUUACUGCUGCGCCAGUAAGAGAGUCUGGACCUCGUACAAGAUCAGCCACAAUGGCGGUCUCGCAAGAACAUCCUGCCUCCUCGGCGUCAAGCAUAUCAACAACAACAGCAACGGGCUCUGACAACUAUUCGUUCCCUUCAGGACUUACCAGCCCUCGAGGGGGCACCUCAAUUUCCUCUAGUCUCUUCCCAAUACGCCCAGACUCGGACGACGACGACGGCAUGGACCGCGAUGUAGCGAUGGAUCGUGACCACCAACAACCCUCCGCUCCCUCCUCGGCGCAGCCUCACCGUGCCCAUACUCACACCCACAACCAUACGCACGGUCGACGCUUCCCAGGACCUGAAAUCUUUGCUCAGAUUAUGAUGUCCCUUCACGAGUCGGCCGCCACUGCAAGCUUGACGCCACCUGCCCCUGCUGCUACUACAGGGGAUACCGCUGCGUCUUCAGCGGAUGGUCAGCAGGAUGGAGGUUCAUCGACAGGAACGGCUAGACGACCCGGAGUUUCACCCUUGGGCAGAAACCGACUUCGAUCUUCAAGUAUGCGUGGACUCUUUGGCUACCAGCCCACUAAUGACUUGGCUGACGAGGAACGGCCUGCCAACCCAGAGGCUGGCGCUGCAGGAGCCGCAGGAACAGAGACAGACACUGGUGCUUCACCAGCUGAGAGACCCGGUGACCGGUUUACCCACCAGAUCCCACUUUUUAUUCAACUUUUGGCUGAAAUCAGUCGCAUAUCUCGAAACCCGAACGACGCUGACCCGGAUCAGACCGAGGGAGCAGACCGACCUGCGGAUGCUGCUACUAUUGGCGCCGAUGGCGCACACCAGCAUGCUCACCCUAAUGCCACGACGACAGGACCUGCUAUUGGAACGGACCCGUUGGCUGAGCUAUCCACUGAUGCUGGUGCUCCCUCUCGACUCAGACGACCCAACACUACCAUCCGGCUCAUUCAACUCGGUCACGGCGUUCGCCACCCCCGUCCAUCAGGAACACCUACAGGAGCCCCUGCAGCCACAGCAGCAACUGGAGAGGGGCAAGCUGGUAUGGAGGGUCACGAAAGUCCAGCAGGUCCUCCUGCUCCUGACGAGGGAGUGAGCGAGACCUUUGUCAUGUUCUUGAGCCCACCAGAAGGCCUGGACGACCCCGAGUCGAAUGAUGCUGCUGCUCCUGGAAACGAUGAUCCCGAGUCUGCCAGGAACCGAACCCGUCAGCGCGCCCCAUGGGUUAUCUUGACCCUUACUGGAGCAUAUCUGAAUAGUAUGAUGGGAGCAGGCGGGGAAGGCGAGGGCGGAUCCACAUAUGACGACCUGUGGAUGCUUGCCAACUUGAUUGGACCAGCCCGACCCAUCACGACGACACAGGAGGCCAUUGACAAUGCAGGAUUCGCAGUCGGACGAUUCGAACAGUCGCUCCAGGGAAUGCGCAAUGUCACUACGCUGGGCGACGGCUCCAAGUGUCUUGUCUGCAUGUCUGAAUACGAAGAAGGCGAGGACAUGCGAGCACUCAAGUGCAACCACGGAUUUCAUCAAGAGUGCAUUGACAAGUGGCUUACUACGGGCGCAAACAAGUGCCCCGUGUGUCGAGCAGCUGCAGUCGUAACCGAUACGCCCAUGGCGGCCGAGCCCGAAGUCAGCGUCAGCCCUUCCACCUCCGAGGAGUAA